CUAUUGCAGGGGGGAAGGAAGAGCCUAAGAGGUCUCUUAGAUCCUCCAAUUCACCACUACACAGCGAAAUACUACAGACAGGCGGCUUACUUGCCUCCAUCGCACCACACUACAGGACAUUUCUUAACUCCUUUGGCAUUUGAUCCAGCACGGAUUGUUCCCUUCCCCGAACUGUCUGGACGGGAAAUGGUACGGCGCAUGCAAUGAGCGGAGCUUGUAUGCUUGCGACGGCGGUGCGACGGGCCGGCCGGGCGAGGACCGGAGUUGAGGGCGCGCGGAGGACCCUGGUCGGAGGAUUCCCGGCCGAGAGCCAACAGUGCCCGCAAUGGUCCAUCGGCCACAACUCUCCUCGAACCAGCGAGCCCCGACGAGCGAUCCACAACACCUCGGUGGCCCCGCGAUCCUCGACAUGGCGCACGAAGCCCUCCCAGCCGCCGACGUCGAUACACAACUCGAAAGACGAGCUCCCGGAGCAGCUCCGCGGGGUGAUGCGCCGGUUGGCGCACUCGGUGGUGGUCUGCACGGCGACGGACCGCCGGGGCCAGCCGCGGGGGAUGACUAUGUCGAGCUUCGUAUCGCUGAGCAUGGAGCCCGUGCCUCUGGUGACGUUCAACGUGAGGACGCCCAGCCGGACGCUGCAGGCCAUAGAGGACGAGGGUGGGCUGUUCAACGUCCACGUGCUGGCCGAGGGCGCCGAGGGUGCGCGGGUUGCCGAGUGGUUCACGCGUGGCAACGCGGCGGGCGAGGGGCUGUUUCGGGAGCUGCCGGACGGCGUCGAGGUCUGCGAGGAGGACGGCGAGGCGCCCGUGCUGGAGGGACGCGGGGUCUUGUACGUGUUGAAGUGCAAGGUGCUCGGAGAGGGCAUGGUGAGGGUGAGGGAUCAUGUCGUCAUCGUCGGGGAGGUCGAGGAGGUCGUGAGGGGCGAGGGGGAGGGUUUCGGGCUCGUUUACGCGGACCGACGGUACCGAACCCUGGGGGAGGUCUUGGUCAAGGGAGAGGAGUGAGGCUGAAGACCGGGACUGGAAGCUGAAAGGCAAGGUGCUCAAACGGCUGGCAAGAUAGGGCAAGGUAGAGCGUUCUGUGUGUCAUGCAUAUGUAAAAGAGGAUAGACUGUAUACUAUGCGAGAGUAACUUCGCCCACUUGGACAGACGGUUGGGGCUCAUUUCGCAUUCGGGGCGUGCUGUUCC